AUGGCGUGCUCGCAGGAGAAGUUCGACGAACUUAUUGGAAAUCGUCAGUUCAAUUCCUAUGCUGAAUUGGCUGAGGCACUGGAGGAAUUUAAAGCUGCCACCUGGUCCUCAUUCAGCAUUCGUUCAUCCUCACGAUCCCAAUAUCCGCAUAUACAUUUUCGUAGGAUCGUUUUCAAUUGUGAUCGUUAUCGAAAGCGCAAGAGCGUCAGCAAAGGUCUUCGUCGAGUCAACACUCGUUCAACUGAUUGUUCAGCCCGGUUCAUUGUUCGCGAACGUGAUGCCAAAUUAGUCGUCACAUCCUCUUGUUUACAGCACAAUCAUCCGCUCACUCAGUUCUAUUAUGAACAUCUUCCGGCUAAUCGUCGUCUUUCUCAGGAGCAGUUUGAAUCUCUGCGUGAAUUGUUUCAACAAGUAGAUACAAAACUGCUGAAAGAAUUCAUUUUUGGCUUAUUCGGAAAACCACUGACCACCAAAGAUAUCAAUAACAUUCGGCGUAAAUAUUUUCCCACACUGUCAGGUAACGGGAAAGAGAUUAAUCAAGUAUUGGAACGAGCCAAUAAAAUGCGCAUUCGGAAAUCCAAUGAACCGACUGAAUUGUGUGAGAUGGAUGUGUGUGAAACUUCCCAGCUAGAUAUCUGUGAUGAUUCACACAUACUACUUCAAUUGCCUGACGAGUCUGUAUGCCAUUUGUACAUGGACGGGUCCCUGUAUUCCGGUCCACCGAUUACUCAGGUCAAUUCUUCUCAACGUUUCUCCGAUCUGUCUCAUUCGAACGCAUCUACAAAACUACAGUCUCCUUCCCCUUCCUCCUCCGCUUCAUUCCCUUCCACGCACACUUCUCUUACUCGAUCCAUGCCGACUCGAUGA